AAAAGGGCCUUUUCGGCCAAAACAUGUUUCCAACCAGUUACUAGAUGUAGCAACGAAACAAAAAGAAACUUCCUGGGAACUGCUUAACCAGGCACCUGACGUCUUCAAACGCCACUUGCACUUAUGAGUUUGGAAAACAAACACCUGCCACUGCUUCAAUGAUCCUUUUAGCGUCUCCCUGGAAAAAAGGACCUUAGUAAUUUGUGUGUCAGCUGUCAGGAGGAGAGCACUACUUAUCCUGAAUCUGCUUUGCAAGAGAGUGAACAAAUUCUCCAUUGACUAUUCCUAGCAACUACAGGCAGAGGUCUCAUAUUUCUGCCUUUACUGGUUGCUGCAUCAGCAUCAGCAUCAAUGUUGAAUCUCAAAAAGCUUUCUUAGGUGGCCUCCAUGCGAGGUUGAUUGCAUCAGUCCUUGAGGUCUUGUUGGGUAAUGACUAACGAGUGGCCGAUAAUGAAUAUUUUGUUAUUUUUGAGUUGUCUUCUGUACUAAUAGACCUUUUUAAUUUUUUGAAAUUUUCAUUUGAAUAAUUGAGAAAUUAUUAUAAUUCUUUUAUCAAUUCUAUAAAUUUCUUCAAAAUUCAUUGGUUCUAACGUGGGUGAACAUGAAUAAACUUAUAAAAUUAAAAAUUAAAAAUUUAAAAAAAUAUAUAAAGUUUUAAGAUCCAUUGAUGUAACUUUUAAACUCAAAGGCUUCGUUCCAAAAAUUAAUCCAAUAAGGCAGGCAACUGCUUGGAUUAGGCUUCACUUAAAUUGGGGGGUUUGUUUGACUUCUCCGUUCAUCUGUUCUUUCAAAAAAAAAAAAAAGAGAAGUUGACUGCAGAGUUGUAAGUGAAAAGGGUAAAAAGGAAAUCCAGGUGACGGAAGUGGGUGGGUGCGUGCGUGGAAGUAGCGCAGCCGCUGUUUGAGUCGAUCGGUAUUGGAUUCCUGGAGUGAGUUUGUAACUGCGCGCACUAUACAACAGGACUUCAUCUUCUUCUAUCUAUUGCUUGAAGUUAAAGCCUCCAAUUCGAAUUUCAAACGUUGUUACUCUGUUGUAUUCACAGACCAAGUGUGCACGUCGCCCACCAUGACAGAUAAUCAAGAACCAAUUUUGAACAAGGAUGAAGCUGCUACAACUCGGUCGUCAUUCCUUAAACUCAAGCUCUGGCAAUGGUGGCUUUUGGUGGCAAUCAACAUCUCCUUCCUCGUUGCAGGCCAGUCUGCUGCUGUUCUUUUGGGUAGAUUUUAUUAUGACAAAGGUGGAAAUAGUAAAUGGCUGGCAACCCUUGUUCAGACUGCUGCCUUCCCAGUCCUUUAUGUCCCCCUCUGUCUUCUUCCUUCGUCUGAAGAGCCUUCAACCUCUUCUACCUCACCCUCCAUUAGAACUCUUGCCAUGAUCUACUUCUUUCUCGGAGCACUUAUAGCUGGUGAUAACUUCUUGUAUUCUACUGGCCUCUUGUACCUAUCUGCCUCUACUUAUUCUCUCAUUUGUGCAUCCCAGUUAGCCUUCAAUGCCGUUCUCUCAUACUUCAUCAAUUCUCAGAAGUUCACUUCUCUAAUUCUUAACUCUGUGGUUGUGCUUUCAUUUUCUGCGGCUCUAAUUGCAGUCAAUGAUGACUCGGAUGGUCCUUCAGGACUCUCUAAGUGGAAAUACAUCAUUGGCUUCCUGUGUACACUUGGUGCGUCAGCAAUAUACUCUCUUGUGCUUUCGCUCAUGCAGCUAACCUUCCAAAAGGUCAUAAAAAAAGAGACCUUCUCUGUGGUAUUGGAUAUGCAGAUCUACACAUCACUUGUUGCCUCCUCUGUUUCUGUUGUUGGCCUGUUUGCUAGUGGAGAAUGGAAGACUUUACAUGGAGAAAUGGAGGGUUUUGGUAGUGGGAGGGUGUCUUACAUUCUGACAAUGGUCUGGACAGCAGUGAGCUGGCAGGUUUGUUCUGUUGGUGUUGUAGGACUGAUAUUCUUGGUAUCUUCUCUUUUCUCCAAUGUAAUAAGCACUGUUGCUUUGGCUGUAUCUCCUAUUGCUGCUGUCUUGGUUUUCCAUGACAAGAUGAAUGGUGUGAAGGUAAUCUCUUUGCUUAUGGCUUUUUGGGGUUUUGGCUGUUAUACUUAUCAGAAUUAUCUGGAUGAUUCUAAGGCGAGGAGAGCACGACAUGAGGUUAAUGAAACUCAUCAUGAUUCUUUGUGUUGAUAAUUUCAUUAUCUUGCUGAUAAAACUCAUAUUGAUUCUUUUGGUUUUGUCUUGAUUAGUUUCUCAUGUCACCACUUCUUUUAGACUGUAUUGAUGCCAUUUGCUACUACAUUAUUUGGUUCUUCUAAGACUAAUUGUUUAGUUAACUAAGCGAGUGUGUUUGUUUUUUUGGUUUAGGGUUUAGAGUGUACUAAAGAACACUUUAAAAAAUAAAACAGGUGCAUCAGAACGUAGAACCCACCACAAUAACUCUCGUUGUCAUAUCUUACUGCAUUUUGUUUUCUAUUCUUUUCCUUUCACUUUCUUCUACUCUUCUCGUAAAAAAAAAACGCUAAAAUUUAUUAGAACUAGGAGAGUGGAGAACAACAACGAAUAUGAAUGAGAUUACACGGAAGGAAGAGUCCUUGAUGUUCCAAACUAGAACUUGGCUUCUUUCUUGUUAAAACACCUCCACCCCACUCCAUGGAAGGUAUACUCGAGUACCCAAAUAUGCGAUGCACUGGACAUAAGAAAUAACACAGACGACAGCAUUUCUAAGGGAUUCCUUGUUUAUGGUUUUGCAAGUGAAGUGGAACCCAGAAAUCUAUAGUAGUGCCCUUACUUUGCUGGCCAAGACCUGGCACCUUAGCAGUCGACAUUCCUCGGUCUAUUAUCCUACGACCUGAAUAUUGGGAAAAUUGCUUUUGGCUGCGAGUGGAAUAGCUGGAAGGAUCCGAAUUAAGUUGAUCAGACUUAAACCUGGACAAACUUGAGAACAGGGAAAUCUGGUGUGGUUGGUUUGACAGUUUGUGGAAGUGGAGCAGAGGUGAGGAGUAGUGCAGAAGCGGAGACGGUGGGAGGAGGUAAGAUGAGAUUUAGGACCAGCAACGUAAGGGGAAAUGAAGCGAGGGAAUAAAAGAGGAGGUGGUAAUUGGGAGUCGGACUUACGGCUAGGAGAGUGAGAGUGUGCAGGUACGGGGGAAGACAUGAGGUACUGACGCCCUCACUUGCUGGUGUUGUGGAGGUGAUGCUGUUGGUGUUCUCCUGUGGCAUUUCUGCUGUAGGAAGGAGAAAGAACGAUUGUCUGAUGAGGAAAUCAAAGGGAGGCCUUUCCUUUUCUUCUUCUUCUUAUUUGUAGACUGUUUCUUUUUUUCUUUUUAAUAUGCAUUAAUGGUUCCGCAUU